GCACUUCCUGAUCGUCUGUUUAUCUUGAUUAACAUCGUCCUUUUUUGGUGAGUAGCCAUUGGCUGUGAUGCCUGCCUCUUUGAAUAAACCACAUCGCCGGUUUCGGUAUUGGUGCUAAGUGUUGUUUGUUUACUAAAAAGGACAAAAAGAUCAAGCUCUAGAGCCGACACAUUCUACAAGUUGCGGCGUGUUUGAGCUUCAAUGUAUGGGUUUCCUGCUGUAUAUUUUUAUGACUCCCAGAAUAUUUGUUUAGCCCAUUAGUUGUAAAAUAUUAUUCAACUUGUCUGUGAGGCGUCGCCGAUGAAAACAAAUUGAGACGGGGAAAACAACAAAAAAAGCUUCAAAUGUACUGUGUAUAGUACUUUGCCGCAGUGUAGGGUUUAAGUGCCGUCUUGUAAAGAGGGAGCGCGUCAGAAUUCUUCGAAAGCGCCACUUGAAAGGUAUGUUAGCUCAAAACGUCUGAGCUCCUUGUCCCUAAAUCUAGACUCUCAAACUUGCUAGAGUAAGCAAAUAAAUUAGAUCUACUUCUUCAUAUCUGCUUUUUCAGCAGUUUUAAGUGGAUUAGAAAUUCCAUGAUCAUAACGGGAUAAAGUACGUCUUUCCUUGCGGAAGGAAAGAUCGGGAAUAUUUAAUUUCUCCGGGCAAAGGACAUGAAAUCCGACUGACCGCGACACGCGGUCGCAGUACUGGGUACAAAGAGAGAACUGGUGUUUUAAAUUUGGUGCGAACAGAAAGUGGAAAAAAUUCUUCUCAGCAGCAUUUUCUGACAGUACUUGCUAUAUAUAAAAUCCUGCUAAACAAAAAGAAAUAUAAAGACAAGGUAUUCUUCGAUCGUGAGAGGACAAGCCGUUGCCACACGCGCGUACACGCAUUGUGUUCACGUUUCACGUGUACUCUGACGUAUUGCGUGUUUUAGAGGUCACCAGAGAACCACGGGAAAGUUCCCGAAUCUACACAAUUUUUCUUUGUGCAUACUAGCAUAGGAUUUUCAUUUUAUUUGACGCCUGAUGGUGACGAAGCGGCUCAUCUAACUUGUACUUUUUCGCUUCUUGUUGAUCAGAAGUCACCGAUGAGACCAUGACGAUUUAGAACAGAAGAAGCUCGUUUGUCAAGGAGAUGGGUAUUUCUGCCAAAAGAGGAAUAGUUUUGGCAUGCAUUUUGUUGAGCUGUGUUGCCUUGAAGCCGCAACGCAAUUCACGAAGGGAUGUUUAUAGCAACACAUGGGUGGUCCACGUAGAAAGAGAAAAGAGAUUCGUCGAUGACUUGGCGGAAAGAAAGGGCUUUAUCAACAGAGGAGAGAUUGAAGGUUUUAAUGGGCACUUCUUGUUUGAACACAAGACACUUGCAACGCGUCGAUCGCGGCGGCAUGCCGCAGAACACACGGACAAUCUUCUUCGGGAACCACACGUUAAAUUUGCUCGUCAACAAAAGAUUUUGAGAAGGAGCAAACGCGGCUAUUUUUUAGAUCCUUAUUACAAAGAUCAGUGGUAUUUAAACAAUUCAGGUGAGUGAAAAUGUCGCUGAGAAUAUCGCUGAUCCCUUUGCCCUAAUUCAUAGUAAGCUUAACUUAUGCUUGAAACUUGUCAUUGCAUGCUUGCAUGCAUGUUGACACCUUUAGACCUAGCUUUUGAGGAUACUUGUUUGGGAGUAUUAAAAGGCUACAAGCCUAUGAAGAAAUGAAUUUACUUGGUGCAUUCAACUUGAGUUGAAUUAUACGCCAUUAGUACGGAUGUGGUACGUGUUUAUUACAGCGCAUUUGUUUCUGAUAAAAUUUCACUUAUCUGAGUUCGCUGAAAUAUUUUCCCGAGUCACUUCUAGUUCGCUCUAAGACAGAAUGAGCUGCCAGAGCAAUUUCUAUGUGGUUUGUGGCAAUUGUGAAUUAGCGGCAGAUCUUUUAUCUCUUCUUUUUUUGUCGCAGAGUGUAAUUUACAUCAGUUCGAGCAAAAGCUGUCCUCAGCAUUCAGGUUAAAUUCCACGCGAAUAUUCUUUGUUUCCUUGUAUGCACAAUAUCGUUUUUAUUUUAACAUCAAACACAUUAAUCGAGGCAGUAAUGACGCUUAAACCAUAUUGCCCGUUUGUUCUCGAGUUAUUUUUACGAAACGAGUUAAGCCCAUAACCAUGCAUUCUACAGGCGCUUUGUUUGACUUGUGGUUCAGAUUUCAUCAGUGGCCUCAUUUAUCUUAUCGAAAUUUUACAGUUCAUCUGAAAGCUCAGCUAUUGAAUUUCUGACGGGAUCUUCUUUAUGCAAAAACAAAAGUCCUUGAACGUACAGAGCGAGCCGUUAGCAUUUCAAUAGCUAGACAUCUUUGUUUGUGUUGUCUACAUACACUGUAGUUUUCUGUCCACUCCAUUUAAAAAAACUAUGGUCUGAAAUUCGCGUUGUACUCAACGUGUGUACUUUGGUUGAGGUGUUUUUCUAAAUUCUUUGGUCUAUUUAACUAGUGCAAUAUUUAAAAUUAGUGCUGUCUUGUCGUCGUUAAUCUCCAGUGCUGUUUUAUGAAUACUUUUAUGACAUGAAGGCCACAUAUUUUAAUAAAACUUGUCUCUCUGUCAAUAAUAAUCAUUUACCUAGGAUUAGUGUAAAAACGCAAAAAUUAUGUCAGAAAUUCAGUUGAGUAUUGCACAUCAAUAAACGGUCUGGCCCAUGUUCUGACCUUUUAAGAUUUGCAAAUACUAAUUUCAGUGAAUCUUCGACUACAAAGACCUUGACACUUGGGUCUGUUAAAAUGCUUUUAUGUCCUGUGUGAGUACGUGUUAACUUUCUUCGUUUUACACAUGCAGAAUCUUGCUUCCUGAAAAUCUUUAAUAAUUAGAGACUUUCAGCACUUGGACACCAAUGAGUGACCUGAUAGUGUUAUAAGAUAUGGAUACUAAAUAUCUGAGAGGGAUUAAUGAUUUUUUUUUCAUAGCUACAAGAUAACAAGUUUGGCAAUGUUGUCAUUUUAUGACCCAGUAGCAUUUGUUCUGCAACCAGAUGCAAUGCGGGAGAUAACUACUCCAUUGUGGGGCAAAUGUCAUCUUAUAAAAUCUUUCACAGAUUUAGUGCCAUAUUAAUAAAUUUUUAAGUUGAUGUAUCAUAUUUUUAAUCCCUUGCAUACUAUUUAUUUAUCUGAUCACUGGUAUUUAUUUUUUAAGUUACUGACAAAGUUCUCUGCCUGUCUUCAUUAUCCUUGUCCUUUUACCUAAAGUAAAAUCUUAGGGAAGUGGGGACUUAGCUUUAAUCCCAUUUAAAGGAUUUGGAGGAAACUCCUGUGACACUUUCUGUUUAUAAUUCUCAAGAUGUAUUACAAGUAUCAUAGAAAUAGCAGAGUAAUAAUUCUGACAAGCAUUUGCUUUUCCAACUUAAACAUGCACUGAAGUCUUGUAGAGAGCGCAUCAUGUUUUGAUUUUUAAGUGCAGACUGGAGGUAUAAAAUACAUUUUUACAUGAGUGUAUAUUACAAAUGUAUUAUUGAAUUCAAGUCACAAAACCUUUUUUCAUCUGCUUUCGUUUUUUGAACAUGUAUACAGUGUGGUUUACCAGGGCUUGCUUUGAAACCGAAAAUGGCAAUUUAAGCAAAAUGUACGAAUUGUGUAGUUUAUCUACAGCUGUAAUAUGCUUGGGCAAAUUUGGAUGGCUUAGUUAGGCAUGCUUUUCUAAUAUAAAGGAAUUACUCUGUAGAAUUAUAUUUUCAGUUUGAAAAUACAUGGACUCCAUUAGCCAUCUACGCCAUAUUUUCCAAGUUACGCUCCUCUUUCGUGAGCACUCAUUUCUGUUGUUGAUUAUACAUGAUUAGGGAUUUCAAUGCAUGUGGUUUUGUUGAAGGUGACCAUUGUAACCAAAACGUGUAGGAAUUUGGGCAUUUUACAUAAUUAUUUAACAAGUUGUUUAAAACAUUCCACGUGCCUGUACUAUCAUACUGGUUGGCAUGUGAUCUUCUAAAAUUAUAUCCAGGUGAUAUUAGUUUGAUUUUUCCCAAGGCUGAGAUAUUGAUGCUUAUUGCUAUAUAUAAUCAUUUAUCAGUUCUUAUCCACACAGCCUGUAGCCUAUAUCACUUUGGUGACGACGUUAUGUCUUCUGAUGUAACCCAGAAAUCGCUUGAAAACAAAUUUGUUUUUUUUGUUUGUGGUUUAAACAGUUUUGAUUUUGAGAUGGAUUUUUUCUUGAAUUUUGUUAUUUUUGAGCUUUUGUGAAAGUUGGUUUCCAGUUUUUAAUAAUUAGCAAACUAAUAUUUUUUAAAUUCAUGAUUAUUAAAAAGAAGAGUAGAUAUUUUGGGUUUUGAUAUUUGCUUGUUUCAAGUUUUGAGGCUUUGGUCCACUCGAGAAUUAACAUACAAUAUUAUUUAUGCUGAUGCAAAACUUAGGAGGUCCAUAAUUAUGUCCUCCUAAAAUAAAUACAAAUAGGAUUUGUGAAGAUGCCCCAUGUUUCAUAAUUUAGGCCUGCAGUUUUUUUUCUUUUCCUUUUCCUUUUUUGUUAAAUUGUUGUUUCAUACAUGUAGUAGUUGUUGUUGUUUUUGUGCUUGUUUCCUCCUCUUCUCAAAGCUGUUGCUUGCAUAGGCUACAGGCUUCCUUUCUUCUCCUCUCCAUAAUUUCUCUUUUUUUUAAAUGUUAAGCUGAAAGCUUCAGCCAUCACAACUAGAUAACCAUAGGUACUAAAAUCUGUUGAUCAGAAUCAAAUAACGUGAUGCAAACAGUGUUUAAAAAGAAGAGAAAGAAGGGAUUGAACCUUUUUGAAGCGGCCACGGCCAUCUUUUGGCUACCGCAAUGAGAAUUCUCCCAUUAUUGUCACCUCUAUUAAGCAGCCAUUAAGUGCUUGAUACACUUAGUUUAGCCUCACUUUAAGAAUAUGGUCAAGGAAAAUAUAGUCUGAGAUAGAAGGUGAUGACCGAUUGUGGACCAGUAAUACUGCUCCCAUUGCUGUUUGUUUUGAAAGAAAGUGAUGUUUCUGCUAAAGAUUAUGCUAAUGAAUUUAUGACAAACUCCUUCGAGUGACCAACCUCCAUAAGGUGGCCACUUGCCGGUAACUGUAUAAUACACUGUAGUGAUAAGGAAUUUAAACUAAUAAUGCUUUCUGGCUUCUUCGUAGGACAAACAGUAGGUCCGAGAGGAUUUGAUAUUAAUGUUACCCCAGUAUGGAGAAAAAACAUCACCGGGCGGGGCAUAGUUGUGACUAUUCUAGAUGAUGGCAUUGAGUAUACUCAUCCAGAUCUUCGACAAAAUUAUGAACCAAAGGCUAGUUAUGAUUUUAACAACCAUGACAGUGAUCCCAUGCCACGAUACAGCAAAGACAACAUCAACAAACAUGGCACAAGGUACUGUUAGUCUUUAUAUUUCACGUCCGUUUUGAAAUAAAAUUAAAUGUGAUACUGCGUAUGUGAUGUAACCUUAUCAGUCCAAAAGGUGCCAAAAAAAUUCAAGGGAUACUCAAGAUGUCCAAAAAAAUGACAUCACAGAAAAGCACUCCCAGAGAUCAGGGGUUUAAUUGAGGAAAGAGAAAAGGGACCUUAUGGUCCAUCUUCUGGUCACAGCUGCCUACUCCACUUGUGCAAAACAAUUUUUAACUGUUUACAGUUAUUACAACAGAGUUCACACAGGUCAUGGAAAACCUGGAAAGUCAUAGAAUAUGACAAUUUCAUUUUCCAGGCCUGGAAAGUCAUGGAAAAUUAAAGUUUUGUUUGGUGGUUUAGUUACUACAGAUGACAAAGCAAGGACAAUGUAAGAUACAGAGGAGUAAUUAAACAGCGCAAAUGGCAGGUAUUUUGGUGGACACCAGAGUUUGUGUCUGUUGAACUGGUUAAAGUCAAAGAAUACCACCAAACUAGGGAAACUGUGAAAGUUUUGGAAAGUGACAACCAAACCUAAGGUCAUGGAAAACUUGAAAAGGUCAUGGAAAAAGUCGUUGAAAGUCAUGGAAUUUGAACAGCUCGAAAGAGUACGAACCCUUUACAAACUUUUUUAAUGGUGUCCAUGCAUUCCAGAUCAAAUUGGAAUUUGGAAGUGCUUUUUUCUUGAGGAAAGGAGUUAACUAGAGUACCUGGACAAAAACCUCUCAGAGCAAAGCAAAGACCUAACAACAAACUAACAAAUAGCUGGCAGCUGCUUAUGGAGAAAGGCUAUUGAAAUCUGAGCCUGAGUAAAUGGUUGACAUUUUGGCGAUUCCACCACUGGCUUCCCAGUGACAAUGAUGUCUGAGGACCCAGGGCAGAAAUAAUAAUGAUACUGGGUAGUGCUUCUGGGUGCUCUUUUGCAGGAAACCCCUGCUGAAUAGCUUGUUAUUACACCGUACAGUGUAUCUGCCAAGUGUUACAUGUUAUACUCAACUGUUGUUAAUUGUUAUUUUGAGGAAGUUAGAAAUGUCGAUAUGCCAAUUUAUUGUUUCUAUAAUACAUUCAUACAUUAUAAUCUAUGCUGUAGAACUGUCGUGUAUCAGCGUGCAGGUUUUUACUCACAAUUUGUAACCACUUGUCUAACUCCUUGUGAUGUGUUGCAUCUCACUUUUACAGGUGUGCAGGGGAAGUAGCUGCUGGAGUGAACAAUAACAUGUGUGGGGUGGGGGUGGCAUAUAAUUCACGCAUAGGAGGUGUUCGUAUGCUGGAUGGAGAUGUAACUGAUGCCAUAGAAGCCUGGUCAUUGGGACUUGCUAGGGAUUUCAUUGACAUCUACAGCAGUAGCUGGGGUCCAGAUGAUGAUGGACGCACAGUUGAUGGUCCUGGGCCCAUGGCCAAGAAAGCCUUCAGAGAAGGUAAUCAUCAGUUGGGGCUAAGAUACUUUUUUACCAUAAUGGAACAUUUUCUCGCAUGCUGAUUGGUUGAGAGCUAUGUUUGAUAAGAGUACAGUCCACAGAAUGUGUUGACAUCAUUUCUAUGGUCUAUAACAGUAUAGACCAUGGGAAAUUGUUGUUGAUUUUAUUAACAUUAUUAGCUGUGCUUUGGGUCUGUACUGUAAAUUAUAUACUUGAGGAAAAAGAACGCAAUUCUGUAAGAUGUCCAUUAUACAGCAAAAAAUAGAUGCCUGACAGUGGAUUCUUCAGUCCUUAAAAAUGUAUGUUUCUUUUUAUUUAUGGACCAAGCAAAAAAUUAUUCAGUUGUGGGGUUUGAACAAGUCAGAGAUAGAGAAAUAUUUUAAAGAAGUUUUAUACACUACCAUAUGCUGUACUUAUUCUUUUUGGCCAUGAUUUGUCUUAACGGGACACUAAAGUGCUGACCUGGACACUACUUUAGCCAGAAAAGUGUUUACCUCAACCCGAAAUCAAAUGUAUGCAUCAGAUACAUCUAGAAAUCUGCUUCAAUCUUGCCUAGUGUUUCAUUCGAUCCUCGAUCUUUUACUGAAAACCUCUUUUUGAGCAAACUUUUACUAAUCCUAUUACAUUAUUUUAUCAUACUCGGUUAAAAACAGUAUCCAAAGGAACAUGAACAGAAGAGGUGAGAAACGCGUAGGCACUGGGCGAGAGAAAUCGCCUUCUUUUACCAAAAUAACCAGAGAAAUGAAUAAUGGCUUAGGGUAAUGGCUUGUAACUAGUUCAGCUGAGAGUAUUCUGGAUACACCUCUCACUUUCUGUUUCACGUGAAUUUUUUGUGACAUGCAAAUUUAUCAGCUAAGAAAUUGUAUCUAAUGCACAUGUGCAUCAGCUGACUGUGUCCCUUUAAUUUCAAGAAAUUAGUUUCAGGAAGCUAAUAACCCUUCCCUUAGCAUUGCCAAAUAAAGCUGUGUGAAUUGACAUGUGUAUCUCGUAUCAAAAUACAGUGUAAAGCUGUUUGAAUUGAUAUGUGUAUUGCUACAGUAGCUCAUCUGGUUAGAGCUCUGCACCGUUAUCAAGUAUCGCAGAGGUCAAAGUUUGAAUUCCAGCAAGCCUGAUUUUUUUCAGGCUUUCUUUUUGCAACUGGCUAAGGUGCAUAUUUACCGGUGAUGAUUUUCUCUGCAUCCUUUUCUUCGUCCGUUCAACUUUGUAUUUAUUAUAAUUUCAUGAUAUGUGUAUGUUGUGUAUUGUGAACAGGUAUCAGAAAGGGGCGUGGUGGUCUUGGAGCCAUCUUUGUUUGGGCCACUGGUAAUGGCGGCCACUACGAUGACUACUGCAAUUGUGAUGGCUACAUUACAAGCAUUUACACUGUCUCCAUUGGAGCAGUCAACGAUCGGGGCAAGUCUCCUUGGUAUGCUGAGCCUUGCCCAUCAACUCUUGCCGUUACCUAUAGCAGCGGCGAGACACGUGGACAAGACAAGCAGAUUGUUACCACUGACUUGCACCACGCAUGUACCAAAGGGCACACUGGGACAUCAGCUGCAGCUCCUCUUGCUGCAGGUUUGUUUCUCCCUUUGUAAGCUCUGCAAUAACAAAAUAUUUAGCAUGCAAAUAGGUAGUCUGCAUCGAAGAUGUAAUAUAAUCGUGAUAAGUAAUGUCUACGAAGCAGAAUCAAGGUCCUUCUUCUGGGCCUCCAAGGGACUCAACAAGUUACCGAAAGUGCGUUUUGAAUUUCCCUUUAACGUGAUUGGCAAAUCAACAAUGGCUUUUUAGCAUGCCAAUCAUGGCACAUACUCAAAUCCUGGUACACAGGUUGGGACCCAGAACAAAGAUUUUGGCACCGUUUCAUAGAUGUUACUGCAGGUAAUUGGGGUUAAGUUUGGUCUGGUGCAGGCUAGCCAAUAGACUCUUCCAUGGUUUUUUAGCUUUUGAAUGGCACCAGUUAGCAAAAAUCCAUUGACAUGGCUGGAAAGAACAUGGUUAAAUUGAAGUUGUCCUCAAAUUCCCAGAACUCAAAUGUUCAUGUACAUGCCUGUAACUGUUAGCAUCAAAGUUGAAACUUCUUCCAAACCUUGUGAAAACACUGACAUGUAGGUUGAACAGUUUUAAGAAAACUCCAAUUGUAGGUUGCUUUAAACUUCUUAAAUUUUGUCCUUCCAUGUCUUCCUUUGUCAUUGCUUUGCCAGUAUUAUUCAAGAUGUUCCUUCACUUUAUUUCACUUGAUUUGGUGGUUAGUUCAUAAUGAAUGAAUUUCCCUGACCUGCAUGAGCUCCUGUUGUAUUGAUACUUAAUUCACUCUAUUGAGGUAGUGAAGAGAACUCCAAUGUCUGAACGGAGGUGUCUGUAAAGGCAGGCUUCAAGGCUGUAUUUUGUCUGAUUACGGGUUCUGUAGAAACUAUGCCAUUGUUUUGUUCUGUUUCUUUUUCUGUAUGCUGAAAUGUUUUGUGAACUAUUUUCUAGGUAUAUUUGCUCUGGUUUUGGAAGCCAAUCCUAAACUGAGUUGGAGAGACCUACAACAUCUUAUAGUCAACACCUCGAAAGUGACUGAUCGACAGGACAGAGAUUGGCAGAAAAAUGGGGCAGGACAUCGUGUCAAUCACAAAUAUGGCUUUGGAGUUUUAGACACGGCAGCUUUGGUGGCAGCAGCGACAUCACCAAACUGGAGAACAGUCCCUGAGCAACACAUGUGUCGAGAACAGGAUCAUACUGACAAUAAGAGAAUACCUGCCAGGGGUACUCUGACAUCUUCCAUAAUAAGUACAGGGUGCUCUGGGAAGACGAACUGUGUCACCAAACUUGAGCAUGUGAGGGUAUAUGUCACCCUUAGCCAUAAAUCCAGGGGUUCAUUACGAAUUGUUUUAACAUCACCUGCUGGCACCAGGUCGGAACUCUUAGCACCCAGAGACCGGGAUUAUUCAAGUGACGGUUUUUCGAACUGGGCUUUUAUGACUGUGUUCAACUGGGGUGAGAAUCCUGCUGGUGUGUGGAAGAUAGAGGUGUCUGAUACCAAGGGCAUGGAAGGAGAAUUUAAAAAGUGGUCCAUUAGACUUUACGGCACUUGUGAACUAAGUGUUAAUCCUAAAAUCAAUCCAAAUGAUUCUAAAACAUGUAGUGAAAAGUGCAAAAAAGGAUGCGAGGAGCCCUUCAGCAAAUCAUGUCCCAACUGCACCCUGUAUUGCCACUGUGACUAUGGAAAAUGUUUGCCCCUCUGCUAUCCUGACGACAUUGUAGAUCAAGUAAAGAAAGAAUGUUGUAAAGAUCCAAACGCUCCUACUGAGAAGGACACAGCGGUACCUCCAACCUCUUUACGUGAACAGGGGAUGUCUACCUUCGUCAAAUUGCUCAUCAUUUUUAUUCUUGUUGCUGUUUUCUUAAUUGCUGUGUUAAUCAUGUGGCAGUUUAAAAUUAGUCAGAAGGUUUGCUGGGGAGACACUGACAAGUUAAACAAGCAGAUUCGUACUUACUCCCAAAACAACGUUGCAUAUUGGCCCGUUGCUGUUACACCAGAGGUCAAUAACCAGAACUUGAAACAACUUGGAAAUUUACAAAAUGUUGCUUGAUUCCAAGGUGGUGGUAAUUUUGAGAGAAAAUAGACUGUAAAAUAUAACUUUGUUUACCGUUGUAAUGCAAUUACCAUUUGAAGAAUUCUUGUGCUUUCAUGUGUUAGUAUUUAAGCAGAAUUACCGUGACUCUGUCAUUUCAAGAUUCACAACUAUAAUGCUGACUGAUAAUCUAAUAAUGUUGCCGGAAUUAUGGUCACAAAGAUUUCAAGUUGCUGGGUAUAUGUGAUAAGUAGACAGGAAUUGAACAGCUGUGACGUUCUUUUGGUUCUGUUUGCCUUUUUUUCCUUUGAAAGUAGCUGGGGAUCAUGCUCGUAGUAGCCCGGGAAAUCCCUAGUCCAUGGCCUUCAGUAACAGCCCCAUCAGGAGUAGUGAAGGGUUAAGGAUUAAGCGUAUAAUUAUUUACAGCAGUGAUGUAAGUGGUAAAAUUAACAAUUCCACUUGCUCCCAUCAUUUCUUACUGGAAAAAAUUACAAUAGUUGAUUAGCAGUAGUUCGCAAAAAUAACUUAGUCUUUAGCAAACACAUUCAUGUUGUUACUAGAUCAGGUUUUUAUAUAUGAACAAAUCAGCACCUUUUAAAUUACAGCUUUGUACAAAUCGCAUUGCACAAUUUUGAUUUUUUUUUUGUACUCUGAAACUUAAAAUAGGCCAAGAGUAUUGCCCAAGCGGGGCAGGGGUGGGGCGGGGGGUACUCCCUAUUUCAAGCUACAGGGAUGAUUGAAUGGGGGCAAAAAUCAAAACCCCAAAAAAUCCCUAGGGCUUCAACCAGUACUCAAAAAAAGUCCCAUGAUGAAUUUCCUAGCAAUAAAAAUUUACAGAAAGAAUUGAAUGAUAUAACACAAAAAAUAGGAACAUUAGCUUUGAACAUCCCAAAAAUCCCUACUUAAAUCAAGCUACCCAAAAAAAUACUUUCCAAAAUUUUCCUACCCCCAAAAAUCCCGAAAUUGAAAAUUUGGAACACAAAAAAAUCCUAUGAUUAUCCCUGUCACUUGAAAUCUAGAGGACCCCCCCUUACCCCCCGGGAGUAUUGCUAGUUCCCAGUGGUAUGUUAAAAUAAUACCGGACCCACACUUCUUGACUGAUAACCCUAUCUCAACCCAGUUGUAUGCAUAGCUGUGAUUCCUGUUUCUCAGUUAGCAGGGACAGUUGAAAAAAGAGUGAGCGCAAGGAAUAAUAUUAUACAGUCACACCCCGCUUUAUAGACACCUUGUUACGGACAGUUUUGCUUUGUCCCUGGGGAAAGAAAGCCCUUACAUUUUCUCUAAAUUUGACCCACUUAAUACAGACACCCUGCUAAUAUGGACACUUAAUUUCUAUGGCCCCCUCGGAGUCCAUAUUGAUGGAGUUUGACUGUACUAAGUGGUAUGUUUCACAUUCUUUCUCCCCUUUCUUUGCCUUCUUUUUUUCCCUGAUUCUCAGAUGGUCCAGGUUACUCAUAGAUCAUGAGUUGUCCUUGUUUUGUUAGAUCCAUGAGUGGCUAGUGAAAAAGGAAAGUUAUGCAAAUUAAUGGUUAAAAGGGAGGAGAGAUUUGGGUAGAGAUCGAGAGGAAAAAAGAUGUCUCUUUUUUUUCUUUUCUUGGGCUUCCACCCUUGUUCUUUGCAGCUUCGCUGCUCGUCCCUAGGUCAGCUUUCGAUCUGCUGUGAAUCAAACGAAAGGUAAGAGGCUGCUUGCUCAGGACCCACUCACUCUCUUGUGAAUAGCCAUGAGUGAAUUAGACUGUCUGAGAAUCAGGCUUCCUUAGAUUUCGUUUUGUUCAUCUCUGCUAAGUGAGAGCUUGGAACCAGUUAGUGUAGCUGGUGUGGUUCACACAUUUGUGAAUUUAAAAGUGUGUUGUCCGUUAAAGAAAGCUCUACUUGUAAUAUUGUCGAAAUUAUAUAUAAAUGCUGUGUAUAAUUAAGGAAUUCAAUUUGUAGUUCAUUGUAACAGAAAUCUUGAUUUACGUUUUUUAUGAGAUGACUGCUAUGAGAAUUGAAGGGGUAAUUAUUGAAAGUGACCUUUAGUGACUCAUUCAUUGAAGUCCAAUUCUAGCUUUCUUUGUUUGUGCUUGCCAAGAAUGCAGACAUAUAAAUUUCCUGUUGUUGCUUCUAGAUCUCUUGCAAUGACUGGAAAUAUGUCUGGCUUCGCAGGCUAUGUUUGUAAAAGGAAAUUGGAAGGGAUUAUCGUUUGGGUCUUCUUUAUUGAAGUUUUUGUAUAUCACUCAACAGAUUUUACAAAAUUAAUAUCCAUGUAUAUUUUGCUUGGCAGCAAAGACAGAUGUUUUCAUGCUGUGUAUACUAAUCCAAACAAUAAUAUUUAUACAGUCAAUCAUAUGUAGAAAUUAAAGUUUUUUAGAUUAUCCAAGCAGAGUGGCUAUAUUAGAUCUUGCUAUCUUACACGUGAC